CAGAUCUCUGCUCCGCCAUAGCUGUUGUUGUUUUGGAAGUGAAAAGACUGUAUCUGCUAUCGUGAAUAGUGCGUAAGAAUGUCGUCUCCGAGUCCCGGCAAGCGGCGAAUGGACACAGAUGUGGUUAAACUAAUUGAAAGCAAGCAUGAAGUGACAAUACUAGGAGGACUGAAUGAAUUCAUGGUGAAGUUCUAUGGACCAUCGGGGACCCCCUAUGAAGGAGGAGUGUGGAAAGUGCGGGUUGAUCUUCCAGAAAAAUAUCCAUUCAAGUCACCAUCAAUAGGUUUUAUGAAUAGAAUUUACCAUCCGAAUAUAGAUGAAGUUUCAGGGACAGUGUGUUUGGAUGUCAUCAACCAGGCUUGGACUGCACUCUACGAUCUUUCCAACAUUUUCGAAUCGUUCCUGCCUCAGUUGUUGACGUAUCCAAACCCCAUUGACCCGCUCAAUGGAGAUGCUGCUGCCCUCUAUCUCCAUAAACCAGAAGAAUAUAGGAAAAAGGUUAAAGAAUAUGUUAAAAAAUAUGCAACCGAAGACGUAUUGCAUGAAACUGAACAUGCCUCAUCAUCUAGUGAAAGUUCCAUGAGCGAUUUCUCCGAAGACGAAGCUCAAGAUAUGGAACUUUAACAUUUGAUUUCUUUUAUUCUGUACAUAUUCAUUUGUAUAUAUAUAUCUGCCAAUAACAUUGUUCCAUCAAACAUGGAUUUUAUAAUAGGAGCAUGGUCUGGGCUGCACAGGCAGGUGUGGAUUUCUGCUGCCACUGCAACCAUAAUUAUGUUCUGUGGAAAGGGAUUAUUAGAUGCAUUUUCUAGCUGUCUUUCUUACACUCUCUGUGAGUGGUUCAUUUGUGCUAGUGUGAAAAACUGUGAUGUGCGUACUUGUUAUGAUGAUGGAUGAAAGGUUCGUUGAAUGUGUCCGAUUGAAAACAUGUUAAGAAUGUGUGUCUUGUCUUUUGGGGUUUUUUUUUAGUUGAGUGAUUAAGAAUGACAUUUUAUCAGAAAACUGUAUUUUUUAAACGUUGUUACACAGACAGUUUAUCGGAACUUGACAUUGUUAGUACGUUAUGUUAACAGAAAUUAGAACACCCUGAACGGAACUGUUUGAAUUUUUUUGAUUUUUUUUUUUAAAUGUACAUAAUGCAUUAUAGACUUUCAUUGUGUUUUUAAAGUAAAAAUGGUGCAUAAAAAUAAUAUCUUUAAACAUCAGUUAAAAAAAAACAAAAAAACUGUCAGCUAAAAGUUACUUUAAGAAAAAAAACGAGUUACACUUAUAAAGUUGCUGCAGUCCUUUGUUAGUAGGUUACUAACAGUGUUUAAUAACCAUUUGCAACAUAUCUCUGUUAAGAACUGGCAACAUGAUUACACGAACCAUGUCUGAAUGUAUCAAUUUGACAUUUAGGACUUAAUUAAAUUUACUUUAUAUGAGUAAAAUACUUCUCUGGAUUGUUUAAAAUAAACGUUUUGGUUUCAUUACUAUAACAGGCAAAUAAUAAACCUUGCAUAAAAUUAUUGACUUGUAAACGUGGACUGACAACUUAUAAAUAAAAUAACAACAGACUUGCUAAAUAUAAAUGUUUCAAAGAACAUUUUGUUACCAUAGUUGCACCAUUUCUUUUGUUUUACAAAUCGUGACUGUAUUAAAAUAAAAGCCGAUCAUCCACAUUUGACUUAAAACUCACCCAAACAUUGUUUUUGUUUUAUGUCGUGUCUAAUGAUAUGAAAUGUAUUCAUAUUUUCUUGUAAUAACAUUUUGUUAAUGAAACUACAUGUUCAUUUUGGUUUCACCAUGAUAAACAGCUCGGUAAAAUACAUGAACACCACAAAAAAUGGAUGAUCCCCAUUUUCUUUUCAUAAUUCAACCAUAUAAUUUUGUUUCUUCUAAAUACAUUGUUGAAUUUAUAUAUGACAAGUGUUUUUAUGUUAAUUACAAAACAGCACUUCUCAGGCCAUCCUUAAAAAAAAGUUUUUAUCGCUAACCAGAUGAUUCAUUUGAAAAAUGCUAAGUCUUAGGAAGAAACUACCGUAAUAAUGAAAAUAAAGAAAUUGUCUGAAAUAAAGCGCAAGUUAAGUCAGUAGUGAGUUGGUUAAGUUACAGCAAACAAGGUUGAAUUUUUUUUUUAAGGUUUCCCCACAUACCCCAGUUAAUCUUUUUUUCAGUGAUAGUUUUUGAUAAUCUAGAAAAUGCAUCUGUUGCGCGAAGCUCUGAAAUCAUACAACACCAUAAUCAUGUGUAUUUCCAUUCUCACUUUGUGAUAUACAUGUGUGUGGUUUUUUUUAUACCUAUCUGCUUAUUUCUUUAGUUCAAUUGUUAGUAGAUGUAGGUGUAUUCUCAGCUCUGGGUAGAUACUGUACAUGUAUGCUUGUGUUUUUGUUUCAGUUAAGGAGAAUCGGCUAUGAGUUUGCAGGUCAUAAGUUUAUAGGCUCCCUUAUGAAUCUGUCAAGUCACCGAAUGAAAGAAUGCUGUUCUUUUUUUUUUUUUAGGCAAUAACAUAUAAUUAAUAUAAUAGCUGGGCCUGGUUAAAUUAACCCUAAGUUAGUCUAAUUUGUUUGUUUUUUUAAUUAUUUUUGUACCAAUACAAAAUAAACUUUAGAUUUGAUUAAUGUGGAUAACUUUGGUUGUUGUAAAUCAAGUUUCAACAUGAUGUCUUAAAUUGUAUUUGUGCUGAUUCAAUCUUUGUUUUCGAAAAUUUCUGUUAAUCGCUGGUUAAUCUUAACAUAACAUGUACUUGGUUUUUUCCCCACCAAAAAUAUAACUCAUAAUGUUUUGGUAUAAUACAAUUUUCAGAUUAUUUGAAAACAAAGUUGAAGUUGUUUGCAUGACUUCGUAAUUGAGCCUAUACGCUUGGUACCAGAAACUAAUGUUAGGUUCUCUUUAAGUGGUGCAUGCCUACAAGAAUGUUUUCACAUUACUGUCAUUUUUCAUACCUCAUAAUCAUUGAAAAUCCUCUAAGUCAACAAAUAGGUAUUAUAACAUCUUGUACUUUGUGAAUCAAAACUUGAAACAUACUGGUAUGUGAAAGCUUUGGAAUGCUUGCAAAUAACUGCAUUAGUCUGAACACAUCGUCCAUGAAUACUUGUGUUGCUAUAAGUGAAGAUCUUCAUCCAAGUGUUUUCUUCAUACUGUAUACAAAUGCUGAAUAUUACAGGGAACAAUAUUUCAAAAUCUUAGAAACUGGAAAUCGGAUCAUUUGAUUUUUUAAUAAUCAGUUGUUUGGUUAUGUGAAUUAUACUUGCGUAACCCAUGAGUUACUUCAUCCUAACACAACUGACUAUUGUUUAGUACAACAAUGACAUUCAAAAAGUAUUUUAAAUGAAAUGAUUCGGCCAUGAGGAAGUUUUUUGUUUUUUUAAUUAGAAUGUUUAGAAUGCGUCAAAAUAGUUCAGGUGAUCCUAAGUUUGUAACUUUUGAUUUUUUAAUAUAAUGGUUCAUAUUAUAACCCAUUGGUGGUUUCCAUCAAUUUAAAUUUGCAUAACCGAUACGUGAAUAGAAUGGUGUUUCAUGUGAAAUAUUGUGCCCUGAAUAUUGUGUAUCAUGACUGAAUGUUUAACAACACCCAAGCAUGAUGAAAAGCUUUGGUUGUUGUAUGUUUUAUACCAUGGUUUGAUGAUGGUAAAUAUAAGAUGCAAAAUUAUAAAACAGAAAGUAACAGACAGUAUAUUGUAUGUCACAGGCUAUUGGGUCAUUAGUACAAUUUAUGACUUGUAAUAGUGCUUUUAUAUAUGAAUACAAUUAAAUUUGAGCUUUUUACUGAAACAUUGAAUAUACUAAGUGAUGAUGUCUUAGAAUUAUAUCUGGGUUAAAAUUGACAAAAGUAUACUAUCCAACUCCAGUGGCAAGGUGGUGACAAUAUUUGAAUUUGCAAAUGGCAAAAUAUUUUUAAAAUAAAUCCCAAAAUAAGUUUCUUAGGAUGAGAGAAUAAUGCUUUAAUGUCAAUAUUGAAAGAAUAUUUCACUGCGGUAAAUACACUAAAAAUGUGUUUCUUUUCAUUAUGUCAUUUAUGUUAUAAUAAACUAAAUAUAGGUAUGGUCUUCAAUAUAUUACAGUCUAGUAAUGCCUAAAAAUAAUAAUUAAAGACAUAAAUGCAAGAAUGUUGACAAAAAGCACAAAAUAUGUAUGAACAUUUCAUAACAUUAAAUAUGAAUUUUAGAUAAUAAAACAGUUUGUUUUCUUCAGUUUGCCUCCAUCUCUCGUUCUUUGUUGUGUUCAUGUGUCUGCAUCUUUUAUUUGAUUCUUGUGAAUGUGUAAUGAAUAUCCCAGGCCAGUUUUAAAAUGUUCUGCAGGUUGGCGAGAGGUCAGAGGUCAAGUCACAGCAUGUUAAUAUCAAAUGACAGUAGGGAUUCUGUAUGCGUGGCUUUUUGCAACCUGAACUUAAAUCUUUAGUGACUACACAAACCCCAACCAUACAUAUAUUUUGUCUAACCAUAACCAGACUAGAUUCUGUGGUUUAAGUUAAGAAUGAAUACCAAAAUGUUUCUUGAUACGAGCAUAUUAUAUACUAAUUAAAAAGUGUUGUUUUUGUUUUUGUUUUUUUAAAGAUGAAACAAAUGUUGGUUGUUUUGGGGGGUGUUUGAGUGGAAAGAAUCAAAACGAUUUAAAUGAAAAUUAAACGAGUUUAAUUUUAAAUAGUUAUUGGCCAACAAAAAAGGGUUCUUAUAAAGUAUUGGUGACAAAUCUGGUAUAUUAUGUGUGUUAAUAAGUACAUGUAUCUGCAGCUGCCAAUAUAAACAGUUAUUAUAUAUUCCAUUUUAUAAGUCUAUAGUACAGCAAGUAUAUCAACUUAUUUCUUUUUUGAAACCCAUUAUAAACAAAGGCAUUAAGUUAUGUAGGGUAAUUUGUACUCUAAUCAUGGCCAUAGUACUUCUGUGUGAUAUACUCUGAAUUCAUAUAUUCUUGAAAUGAUAUUUACAUUGACACUGCAGCAAAUGUGUGUAGUUACUAGUAUUCAAAAGUUGUAAUUAAAAAAGAAAGAAGUUGCAAAAGAAAGAAGAAAGGAUAUGGUAACGAAGCACAGAAGAGAACAGUAUCAUGUAACAGUAGCCUGUAAAGUAAUGCUGAUGUGACCAAACAGUCGGUGAUAGAUCCAGACCUUUAAAUCACCAUAUAAUAUUUAAUAAUUUAGUUUUAAAGUACUCUCACAAUACAUAGUAUUACAUUUCAGAAACAAUACUGUAAAUCAAAAUGGCCGUUCUUUUAAAACGGGCCAAACAUGCCUGAAUCUGCUAUGAGGAUUCUUUAAAUGAUUUGAUUGAUCCAUCUGAAUUCUUAAUUCAAGUCUAGAAUUGUGCCAAUGCAUUUGAAUUUUAGACCAAAGUAUCAAAAUGUAUUGGAGCAGCUUUAGGCUUGUUCUUUUCUGUCCUGACAAAUUAAUGCAGAGUAAAACCAAAAUGUACCAGAAGAUGCCAAAUGUGCUUUGUAGAAUUAAUUCUUAGUUGAUUUAUUUUGAUAUGUGUAUGUGUGAAUUGUAAUGUUUAACACAUUGGAUGACCAGGUUUUGAGGAUACAAGAAAUGGCAUGGAAUAAAUAUAAACAUGUUUUACUUGAUGAUUUUGUAUUCAUAUUUGUGAAAACAUGGGUGACAAAUUACAAAAGCAUAUGCCUAUAAAUGUUUUGAGAUGAACAAUUUAGGCUAACCAUACCUAUACUUUAGUUUAGCAUCCAGUCUUUAGAAGCUUUUCUUAAGUACUGGUCGUUUUCAUUUACAGAUUUGUUGAUGGUGUACUCACAAAAAGAAAUAUGUAAUACAUGAAUCAUGUGAACAAUUUUGUUUUUCUUUGCUCCCAUGAAUGACUUUAUUAACAUGAACAUUAGACAUUAUUUACAUGUGAAGUGAUACAGUGAAACCCCUCUAAACUGGACACCCUUGGUACCAAGUAAAAUGUCUGGUUUUAAGAGGUAUCCGGUUUAGUGAGGUUAAGUUCUUUACUGAUUUAAAAAAAAGGACCAUGAAAAAUUUCCAGUUUUGAGGGAAUUCCGGUUUACAGAGGGUCCGGUUUUGAGGGAAUUCCGGUUUACAGAGGGUCCGGUUUUGAGACGUUUCACUGUUGUAUGUUUUCCCCUUCCCCCACUUGACUACAAAGUUUACUCCUUUUUUUCAUUCAUUUUUCUUUUCUUUUUUUUUUGGUUUACUAUAUAAGCGAAAAAUAAUCUUUAAAACUGCUGGAAAACUUGUCAUUAAAAGGUUAUAUUCUCCAGAUGCUAAUUAGUUUUUUGUCAAAUUGAAGCCAUUUAAAGAUAAAAUGCUUACUGCACUCCACAUGAGAGUUCCUAUACAGGCGUGUAUAAUAAUUAGGUCAAAUGUUCAUCUUGAUGAACUGUCAUCACUCCCACAGGAAUGGAGAUUAGUGAAGAGAUUAUAAACAUGUGAACACUGUAUAAAGUAUUCUAGUAUGGUUGUGGCUGAGUGUUGUGUAAGUGGCAGUCUUAGACUGUUCAACUAUUGUUUGAUGUAUGAACUGUCUUCUUUCGUGAGAUAGGUUCGUUUGUAAUAUUAAUGCUCUUUUUAUGCAGCCAAAAUUGUUUACUAAAAUAAGAUACUGUAUGGUUUCAUUAUACAGCAGACAUUAUUUAAAUGUUUUGCUCACAUAGACAUGGAAUUCAUUAUGAAUCGGCCACUGAUUUAACAGUCUUAAAAAACCAAUUUCAUUUGAAUUGAUAUAAUGGAUGGCAUUGUAUCUCUUAAUUCAAUUGUCAUUAAAUAUCCAUUCCACUCUUUCUUUUCUGCAGUUAGUAAAUGAUAUAAAAAAAAAACACACUUGUGAAACAAAAUUUCAUUGACACAUUGAUUUAUUCUACCAGUAGUAUUUAUAACAAAACAAAAAAGUCAUCAUCUUCUAAAUGAUGUUGGAAGUAAAAUUAAUGCCAUGCUCAUUUCAUAGGGCUUUAUUUUGAUAACAAUGGAGUAACAUCUAAUUACAGAUAUAUGUAACAUUACAAUUAAGGGCCUGUGUUUGAUAUUCAGCCAUUUGACUUUUAUGUUAAUUGGUAGUUUUAGGCUUGUAUUUGGAAAGCGGCCAUAUUGAAAAUGUAUGAGACAGGGAGGUGAUACCCAUUUAAAAACAAACAUUGAAAUUAUAUUUUUAAAAAGCUGAAUCCUCUAUACUACAUGGUACACCUAAGUAAAGGUAAUUUUUCAGGAUUUCAGAUAAAAUCCAAUCUACUUUGUGAAAAUAAUUUUACAUUAAAAAACAGAAGCUGAAAUGGGAUAAAAAUGUGAAAAAUCACAUCCUGGAUGAAAAGGAAUUUAUUGCUAUUUGUUACAGAUUAGACCCCCCACCCCCACCAUAAACUAUAACAAUUUAAUAAUUUUUUAUUAAAUCUGAUAAAUUACAUAGGUUUGGCUGGUGUUUAGUUGUUAACCAAGUGUUCAAAUUAAUCUAUUCUUCCUGUAUGUAUUAUCCAUUUAUGUUUGACCCAAGCUGACAGCAUUUUAAAAAUUAUUAUUAAAUUGAAACCUGGUGAAAACAAAUAGCGAUAUUAUUCCAAAAAGGCUGUAUUGUGUAUGGUUUCUUUACUGUUUAGAAUAUUUUUUUCAAAUUGUACCUAAACCAUUACAUAAAUUGUUAAUAACAGUUGUUUUCAAAGCUUUUGCAUGUUUGUUUUUUCUGUAAAUAUAUAUAUAUAUAUAUCCCCAUAUUGAAUUGUGAUGUGUUCAGGUUGUAUGUAACAUCCCACUGAGAGCUUUUCCAUUGAGGCAUGCAUAUGUGGAAAGAGAUAGUUGAAAUAACAUUCAUUUUAUCAAACAACACAAGUGAAUUUUGUUUUUAAUUAAAGUUCUAGGGACCCAGUUUGAGAUGAAGCAAGGUUUUAGUAUUUUCAGAAAUUAAUAUACUAAUUAAAUUGCACUUACACAAAACAUUCUGUGUAAUUUUACUUGCCAUCAAUUUUUCUUUUGAAUAUAGUGAUACAACUUUUUAAAGAAAAUUGAUACGCUCAGAUAGCCAGAAAAAAAUCGCAACAGUGGUUUCAUAUGCAUUCUUUUGGAAUCUCUUUUAUUCUGAUUCUGGUUUGAAAUAGGUUGUCCACAAUUCAACAAAUCCUUUUUUUAAAGUAUUAAUCUGGAGCUUUACAACACCGUUCAGGUAAAUAUCAUUUAACAAUAUGGAUAAGAAAUUGAUUUUAAUGAAAAAUGCACUCUUUUUUUUUUUUCUUACUUUUUUUAAAACAGUUAUACUUUGUUGCUGUUAGCAAUACUAAGAGUUGAAGAAGCCUCAAUGUUGUGUAUGUUUUGAUACAACAAACUCUGAGUCAGGCAAGAACAAGUCAGAGUAUAGUGUACAGAUAUGUGAUGUGUGAAUAGUAUCCUUGGAAACACAAAGCUUUUCUUUUUUUUAACAAUGCUUAAAGAAAUUUUAAACCAAAGUUUGAACUUCUAAUAUAUUGGUUACACCAGAUACCAUUUCCCCCAAGAAGUCGCUACAAAUUGUAUGAGAAUAAAUAUUACUUUAUUGGUUCGGAGUUCAGUAUGAUUUAACUGGAAUAUUCUGUUAUGUAUUUAUUUAAAACAACCAUAAUGCUGUUUCAUCAUCGGGUGUCCGGCCCUGUAAACCUUUUAAGAAUCCAAACUCAAGACUAAUAGUCUUGAGACUUUAAUGCCAUGGCAACGACAUACAAAUUUGCAUGCAUUAACCACAUGGCAAGUGACAUCAUUAAAGAUCUGAGUUGAUUCUGUAAGUUUUAUAAGCAUGGGCCGAGAUUUCAUUGCAAUUCACUUGAUAUGAAACAACAUCUAAACGUUUGAAUGAAAAGCAAAUUUGUAAUUAUUACAGUUCUGAUGUGAAUAAAUAACAGUACUUUAUACAGAAAUCCAAAGAAAUUUCUCUACCACUGGUAAUGUUCUGAUAACCAAAAAUAUGUUGUGAUAAAACAAAAAAACAUUUCUGAGGAGACUAUACACACAACAUAAAGAUAGUUAUGUGGCUCUGUUUAUUUGCAUUUAGUCCAUGGUGAUAACCAAGGGAUCAUGGAAUAUAGAUUUUAUAAAAGCUAAUUAGUAUAUCAGUUGCUUUUUAUGAGUGUAAUAAUAGUACUGUAUUUAUUAAUAAUGAAAAUAACUUGGAGCUGGGAUUCUUUUAUCGGUGUAUUAUGUAGUAUAAGUACUUAAAAAAAUAAUAAUUGAAAACCUUGACAGAACAACGCACAAAAUUA